UCAAGUGGGACUUGAACAAGUCAACACAGCAGGACUCCGCGUAACAGUAAACAAACAUUUGAAUUGUCUGCGAGAAGUCUUCCACACCACAGCAAAUCCAACAUUAAUGGAAUACAGCUAUUCCUAUGUCCUACAAGCGUGUUGACGAAUUGAUUAGCGACCAGGCAGUCAACGGCACGAGCUAAGAUAGCAAAGGCCAGAGGCAGAUUUCCCAAACCAGUUUCCUCCAUCCGAACAGCACUACCAAUUCAGUUUUGCCAUGGCUGAAAUCGUCUCCCAAGUCCUAAUCCAACUGGGUUCCAUCCUCGUUGAAGAUCUGACACAACAUGGGAAGCUCGUCCGCGACGUGGAAGGGCACGUCAACAAGCUCACAUCUACUUUCAAGGCCAUUGGAUCCCUUCUCUUGGAUGCCGAAGAGAGAGAGCUGACGGACAAGGGGGUCGAAGACUGGCUGAGGAAACUCAAGGACGUCGCCUACGAGGUCGAUGACGUGUUGGACGAGUGGCGAACCGAGAUCCUCAAGCGCCAGAUUGCUGGAGAUCAUCAUGGUGAGCAUCUCGGCUCUUCUUAAACGAGUAUGUUCUUUUCUUCCUGCUUGCUGUCGUUUGUCCACCAGUGAGAUGGGUAUGCGAUACGGUAUUGGUGUCAAGAUAAAGGAACUGAAUGGAA